GAUGUGCGGUGAAUAAAUGAUCAGGGGUGGGUGUACGGAAGUGCCCUAUGUUUUGGUUCUGUUCUGUUUGGGGGGCAGAGCUCUGCAGUUGGUCAUUUGUCGUGGAUCAGUUCACAUUCGGCCACUGCGACAUACGCAGUGUUGUUGAAAAAAUUUAGUUUGGCAGUCUUUUUUCUUCCCCCCAACCCCGUACACUUUUUGAUGGCCGCUUCCACUGACGCAAGUUGCUCCCCCCCACUGAGAAUUAAAUCUGUGAAUUCAUCCAGCCAGCCAGAGGUACCAGCUGCUACCCUGCCAACUCCUGUGACAUUUCCAGAAUUUUCUAUUCACACGUCCCGGGGAGGAUCAAAAAUAUACGAUGUGAGCAGGGGGGGCUGGGAUGAGGUGAGGUAACUUCUUCUGUAGUUUUCCUCUCUGUUUGUCGCCGUCCUGUCCGCUGAGACACAGCCUCAUCGAGAAAGGGCUUCCUCACAGCCCGACGCGGGGAGGAUUAGCGGCUAACACUGCUCGUUCUGUUAAACACCGAGGGGAUUUCACGGGCAGGAGACACUGUCUCGGUCGCUGCUCGUCGCCUUUCGCGGAGCUUCGUCACGAAGACGGCGUGCCGUUUUGUCUAUCAUCUCCUGCUUAUCGCACAUUAGUGCCAAACAUGGAAGGCUUUGUCAGCCUCGGGGCAAACAUACUGUUAUGCCCUGCCAAAGGUGCAUGACUCAAAUUUACUAACUUUGAUUUGUAUUUCUCCCCAUUCAUUUGAUACAUUACUGUACACUGAAAUCAGAUUGAAAUUAUGGUACUGUUUUUGAUUCUGAAAUACAAAACCACCAGACAUACAGUUGAUGGAGUACUAUAAUACUAAUGUGUAUGCAGCCUGGAGCAUUCUAGCGUUUUUACAUCCAUAAUUUGCAAAAAUUGAUUGAUGAUCCAUCUCACCAUCAUUUGUAUCCUAUUUCUAUCCAUCAUUUGCAAAAGAAAGUUUUAAUUCCUAUUGUCUUCAAUUAUGCUACAUACAGGCAGUUCUGCUGACCUGCCAUUUAAAUAGAUUUUUACAUUCUAUACUUGCGUAUUUUAGAUAAUAAUAGCUAAAAAAACAAUUGUGUUGGAUUCAUUUUAACCACUGAAAGUUAAAAUAAUUACAUCAGAGUAGGGUAGCACAAGCUCCUGACGGUUUUCCAAAUGCUCUCUUAAUCCUGCAAUGCGGUUGAACAAACCAGAAUGAGCAGAUAAGAAAUGACUGGAAUGAGCUGCUUUCCAGUGAUGGCGUACAUUGUGCUCUAAGCUUGUGCUGUACUAGUGGGCCUGUCUCCCUAGAUACAGGGAAGAGGCUGAGUCGGUCUCAGAUGAGGAAGCGCAGCACUCGAAAGAUCUUCUCCUUCCUGGCGCGAGGCACAGCCAGCUUAGCAACGAAAGAGUGUACUGUAAACAGCAUUUGCAUGUUUGAAGCGAACGCAACGGAUCCCUCGACACCGCGCUGACGAGCUCGCUGAGAUGUGUCUGCCGUCGGAGUGCGGUGGAACGGAACGGAAGGCGCCAUGUUCGGCGGCAGCGCUCCAUUGACCAUGCCACAGGCUGUGCCCCCGCACGGCUGGGAAGAAUGGUUUACUCCGCUGACGUGCCCCGCGCGGACGCCGCGGAGACCAACGCAACCUUCGACACCUCGGGCGCGAGGCUUCUGAACCUUUCGGACCCGGGUUCCGGAACGUUCCCCCCCACCAUGGCCACGGCCUCCGCGGAGAACUGCACCUCGGGCUGCGGGGCGGCGGCGUACGCCGCGACGACGGCCCCCAUCCUCCAGGCGGGCGCGGAGGGCGUCGGCCUGCCCCUCCAGGUGUUCUUCCUCAUCGCCAUCAUUGUCAUCCUGCUGGUCUCCCUCCUGGGAAACGCGGUGGUGUGCCUGAUGGUCUACCAGCGGUCGGCCAUGCGCUCGGCCAUCAACAUCCUGCUGGCCAGCCUGGCCUUUGGCGACAUGAUGCUGGCUGUCCUGAACAUGCCCUUCGCGCUGGUCACCGUCAUGACCACGCAUUGGAUCUUCGGGGACGCGUUCUGCCGGGUCUCAGCCAUGUUCUUUUGGCUCUUCGUCAUCGAGGGCGUGGCCAUCCUGCUCAUAAUCAGCAUCGACCGCUUCCUCAUCAUCGUGCAGAAGCAGGACAAACUGAGCCCCUAUAGGGCCAAAGUGCUGAUUGGCGUAUCCUGGGUCCUCUCCCUCUGCUUCUCCUUCCCCCUGGCCGUGGGGCAGCCCCGCCUCCAGAUCCCUUCCAGGGCCCCGCAGUGCGUGUUCGGCCACUCCACCGAGCCCGGGUACCGGGCCUACGUGGUCCUGACGGCGCUGGUCGUCUUCUUCGUCCCUUUCACAGUCAUGCUCUACACCUUCAUGGGCAUCCUGGGCACGGUGCGCCACAACGCCAUCCGCAUCCACAGCCAUCCGGACAGCAUCUGCCUGAGCCAGGCCAGCAAGCUGGGCCUGAUGAGCCUGCAGAGGCCCUUCCAGAUGAACAUAGACAUGAGCUUCAAGACGCGUGCCUUCACCACCAUCCUCAUCCUCUUCUCCGUCUUCACCGUGUGCUGGGCGCCCUUCACCGCCUACAGCCUGUUUUCCACCUUCAGCAGCAGCUUCUACCACAGGGCCAGCUUCUUCGAGAUCAGCACCUGGCUCCUCUGGCUAUGCUACCUCAAGUCCGCCCUCAACCCUCUCAUCUACUACUGGCGGAUCAAGAAGUUCCGCGACGCCUGCCUGGACCUGAUGCCCAAGUACUUUAAGUUCCUGCCCCAGCUCCCGGGCCACACCAAGCGGCGAAUUCGUCCCAGCGCCAUCUACGUAUGCGGGGAGCAUCGUUCGGUCGUUUGAAUCUCCCAACUGCAAAAAGACACGGUGGCGGUCCAGUUUAAUUUCCCCAAAUUCUUACCACAUGAAUGUGUGUGAAUUCAUAAUAAGUUAUGAUCGUUCUUUUUUAAAAACUUUGUUUCGAGUCGUCUGCGCCCGGUUUACAAAAACGUGUAAAUUAAAUGCUUAUAUGAACGUUUUUUGUUUUUUAAAAAUAGUCACAACAAACUGAAACGUUUGUCCUUGUUAAUAUUUCUAUCCGAACGGUCUGUUUGUGCCUAUGAUUUAGUUCUAUGCCAGUCAGAAUGCUGCUGUAUCUGGUGAAAAUGUGCAAUUUCAGUGUACUGUACUUUUAUCUUGAAUGUAAUAAAGCGUAGACAUUUGUUACAUUGUUAC